AUGCCUCCACGUUACUAUUCUAGACAAGCUGCUUCGAUAGAUAGUGUAUUUUUGAGAUUUUGUAAAGACUUCAAAGAAAAAUACAUCAAUAGCGAUCGUGACAAGCGAGCUGUCUUAGACGAAACCAUUUUAAAUUAUGUAGAAGAGCUUGACGAUCUCCUCCACCGUGAUGCAAUCCGUGGUCAGCGUGAUCCGAGGACACGGGAACCUGAAGUGAACAUCGAUUCAGCAACAGGAAAGAUCUUGAAGAGAAUGAAACGGCAGAUGAAGGCUAUUUGUAUUCUCGCUGACAUGGUUCAUGAUGGUCCUCCGGCCAAUGAAAGUGAAGAUACGCUGAUAUCGAGAGCAGCUCAGAUGCUCCAUGAUAUAUACAAAUUAAUCAUACCACCGUCGUCAAUUUCUGCUGUUGGCCCCUCCUAA